CCUGUACAGGCUCGCCUACGCCACGCCUUGGGGCACACGAAGCAGGCAGACGGUCGGUCCGCUUGUCGUCUUUGGACAGACGUUCCAACUGGCGCGCCAAAGUCAACUUAAAAAACAAAAACCCAAAACAUCUUCCUAAGUCUUCCAGAGCGCCGGCGCCAUGGACAGAGGAGGUUUGUCGGAGGAAGCAGUGGCGGACGCCUGCAAGGACGGAGAUCCCGCCACCAAGAUCGGGCGUCAAGGUGGCUUUGCGAAUGGGGUAGUGACGUCACGGCGGGGUCCUGUCUUUGCUGCCUUUAGGACUACAUGAUGCAGCAGACCAUGCUGAGGGUGAAAGAUCCCGCUCGCUCCCUCGACUUCUAUACGCGAAUCCUCGGAAUGACGCUGCUGCAGAAGAUCGACUUCCCGUCGGUACGCUUCAGCCUUUACUUCCUGGGUUUCGAAAACAAGGCCGACAUUCCGUCCGACAUCCGGGAGAGGACGGCCUGGACUUUUUCCCGACGAGCCACCUUGGAGCUUACCCAUAACUGGGGCUCAGAGUCGAACGCAAGUUUGUCUUACCACAACGGAAACAGCGACCCCAUCGGCUUCGGUCACAUUGGCAUCGCCGUGCCCGACGUCGGCAUCGCUUGUCACUUGUUUCAAUCUUUGGGCGUCAGAUUCAUCAAGAAACCGCACUCUGGCAAGAGGAAAGGUCUGGCCUUCAUCCAGGAUCCCGACGGCUACUGGAUCGAGAUCUUCACUCCGGACAAGAUGGCGGCCUUGAUGGCGCCUUGAUGCCGAUCUGCUGACGGAUGCCAGAAUGCGGUGGCAAACGGCCUUUCAUUUUGCCGCACGUUUGUUUAUUGUUACCACGGUUACAAUUCGCAGACUUUCAAAGCUCAUCCCCAACGUCUCUUUUGGAUGUCUUGACGUGUCAAACGAGGUGACGUCAUCACCAUGCAGCGGUGACCCCGUCAUUAUGCGGUGGAGGCGACGUCAUCACCUCUGGCGAGAUAUUUCCGAUGUGCGUGAGAGGUUUUUGUUCUGAGCGAGUUAUUUUUUUUGGGGGGGGGGGUUGGGUUCAUGAUGUUGAUGUGUGAUUUUUUUUUUUUUUUUGCCUAUGACAAUAUAUUUGGCAAGCAUAAGAGUUUUUCUGGCAAGUGGGGAAAAUUGUCGGGUGAGUUUAUGGGUGAAUGUGAAAGAUUCUUCGUGUGAAGGUUUUUUUGUCACGUGUGAGAGGAUAUUAACUUGGCGGCUUGUAACUGGGAAAGUCAAUUCCUUGCGUGUUUGACAUACUUGGCCAAUAAAUCUGAUUCUGAUACUC